AUGCUUUUCUGCACAAUCAAUGACUUUCCAUCUUAUGGAAACCUAUCUGGAUAUAGUGUCAAAGGACAUAAGGCAUGCCCCAUAUGUGAAGAUAAUACAUGUUAUCAUGAACUUGUUCAUGGCAGAAAGACAGUAUACAUGGGGCAUCGAAGAUUUCUAGAUAAACUUCACCCUUAUCGAAGAUUAAAAAAAGCUUUCAAUGGGGUACAAGACUAUACAGAUGCUCCACAACCAUUAACUGGGAUUCAAGUUUAUGAACGCGUAGACUGUAUCAAUGAUACUUUUGGUAAGACUCAAAAACUUAAAUCUCAAAGAGGUAAGAGAUCAAAAUCUAAUGUUGAUGUACCAUCAAAUGAGAAGAGUCCAUGGAAAAAGAAAUCAAUAUUCUUUGAUCUUCCAUAUUGGAAGACACUUGAUGUCAGACAUAGUAUUGAUGUGAUGCAUGUUGAGGAAAAUGUGUGUGAUAGUCUUGUUGGAACUCUUUUAGACAUAAAAGGUAAGACUAAAGAUGGUCUCAAUACUAGAUUGGACUUGAUUGAAAUGGGUAUACGACCUUCAUUAGCUCCACGCAGUGGUGAUAAGAAGACAUAUUUGCCUCCAGCUGCUCAUACUUUGUCAAGAAAGGAGAGAAUAAGUUUUUGUGAAUGUUUACGUGGAGUGAAGGUACCACAAUGGUACUCAUCAAAUAUCAGUAGACUUGUUAAUAUCCAAGAUUUAAAAUUGGUGGGAUUGAAGUCUCAUGAUUGCCAUGCCUUAAUGCAACAACUAUUGCCAGUGGCUGUUAGAGGCAUAUUGCCUAAAAAGUUGAGAUAUACCGUCAUCAGACUUUGUUUCUUUUUCAAUGCAAUUUGUGCGAAAGUCAUUGAUCUAGACAAAUUAGAUGAAUUGCAGAAUGGCAUUAUAGUUACACUGUGUCAGCUAGAGAUGUAUUUUCCACCUGCGUUUUUUGAUAUCAUGGUUCAUUUGCUUGUACAUUUGGUGAGAGAGAUCAGAGAGUGUGGUCCACCUUAUUUGAGGUGGAUGUACCCAUUUGAAAGGUACAUGAAAGUCUUAAAAGGUUAUGUGAGGAACCGAUAUAGGCCAGAAGCAUCUAUUGUUGAAAGUUAUAUUGCUGAAGAGGUUAUUGAGUUCUGUACUGAAUAUUUGGCAGGGGUAGAGGCAAUUGGUGUUCCAAAGUAUCGACAUGAAGGAAGAAUUGAUGGAAAGGGUCAUCGACAUCCCAAAAUGCAUACUAUGUCCCGUGAAGAUGUUGAGCAAGUACACUUAUACAUCUUGCAUAAUACAACUCAUGGUCCUAGUAUGCAAGUCGUAUGUUAUAAUGGAUAUGACAUUAACGGAUUUUCUUUUUACACAAAAGCUCAAGAUGAAAAACGCACUAUGCAAAAUAGUGGAGUCUCUUUAGUUGCCAAUUCAAUGCAUUUCAGUAGUUCAAAAGAUAAAAAUCCUGUAAUUGCAGAAUUGUCAUAUUAUGGUGUGAUUGAAAAAAUAUGGGAGGUUGAUUAUAUGAAGUUCAGGGUCCCGGUGUUCCGAUGUAGAUGGGUUGAUGGCAAACAUGGUGUGAAAGUUGAUGAGUUAGGAUUUACGCUUGUAGAUCUUAAUCGGGAAGGUCACAAAAAUGAGCAAUUCAUAAUGGCAUCCCAAGGGAAACAAGUAUUUUAUGUUAGUGAUCCUUCUGAUAAAAAAUUGUCAGUUGUUCUUCAUGGGAAGAGACAAAUUACUACAGAUGGGAUUGAAGACGUUGAUGUUGAGGAAAUACCGCCAUUUUCUUCAUGUUUAUUGCCGAUUAUUGUAGAUAAUGAAAUAGAUGAAGUGCAUGCAUCACGGGAUGAUCAUAAUGAAGGGAUAUGGGAGCAUUGA